CGUUGGCAGCGUGGGAUGAGGGGGACGAGUAUAAACGUACGCGCGCGCGAACGGGCCGGUUACCCGGGACAACCAGAGGUGGUCGGAGCGUGCACGAGCCGGUUGUCCCGGACAACUCGAGGUGGAGGAAGGGGUGGAGUCGGAACGCGCGCGCGCGAGCCGGUUGCCCGGGACAACCAAGGAGAGGAGGCGAGGGGUCAGCCAGGGCCAGGGCCAGGGCCGGGCGGUGGUUGUUUGCAGGUUGAUCCAGGAGCAGCUCCAUCCGAGAGCAAAGGCAACGGACAGCAGGGACUCCACUCGCCCCCCCACCCCAUCAGACCAUCUCCGCCUGCUCGGAACUUUCAGCCGCGGCCCCGGUCCACCUGGGGGUUGGCGGCGGCCAGGGACGGAGAAUCAAGGCAAAAACUGUCUCGGACUAGCAUGGAUUCCCAAAAUGGAUACUGUGAUGAAGGCAAUGCAGUAGAUUCAGAAGCUGAAAGAAGUCUACGCUCUGGAGCAAGCACACAAAGAAAUGGCAAUAAAGAAAACAAAAGCAAACAAGCUCAGCGUAGUGGCCGUGCUAUGGGAGAUCAAGAGAAGACUAAUAAAAACAUAGACUAUGACAAGAAUAGUGACUCCUAUUAUUCCGAUGACUAUGAUAAUUUGUCAUACAUAUCUGAUCCUCAUUGCUCGGAAAACUCCAGAUCUAGAACACCCAGUCCAAGAGGAAAGGGUCAAGUAAAACAAAAGGUUUGCAGUUCUAUAUAUGAUCGAGCUAUUGGGAAACCUGGUGCCAGGCAACCAGUAAACCAUGGGAGUCGUCAAUCCCGGACUCGGAAAUUAAACAAAGAGCCUGUUUAUAAAGACAUAGACUUGGUGACUAAACGCAUGUUAUCUGCCAGGCUGCUGAAAAUUAAUGAGCUCCGAAAUGAGGUUACAGAAUUACAGGUUAAACUGGAGGAUUUGCAGAAGGAAAAUAAAAUACUAAAGUGUCUUCAGUACAGGCAAGAGAAAGCUCUUAGUAAGUUUGAUGAUACAGAGAAUGAGAUCUCAUUGCUCUUAUCUCGACACAAUAAUGAAAUUCGUCUACUUCGAGAAAGACUUCGAAAAUCGCAGGAGAAAGAGAGAACAAUGGAGAAACAAUUGAAAGACACUGAGGAUGAACUUCAUCGAACAAAAAGCUCUCUGCUGAAAUUAAAGAAACUUUCAGAGGACAAACAUUUGAUAGAGCGAGAUGAACUGGCUCAGAAACUUGCUAAAGCUGAAAUCAAAAUGGAAGGCAGUGAAAAAAGAAUUAAGGAUCUGGAGAGAAAUUUGGAGCUGACCAACAACAGCUUCCUGAGACAAGUUACUUCUGAGCGCAAAAAGACACAAGAGGCACAGGAAGAUGUUCGCAAUCUCCAGGAGGAAAUUCAACGCCUUGGUCAAAAAUUAAAAGAGAAGGAAAAAGAGCUUGACGUGAGGAAUAUUUAUGCCAAUCGCAUACUGAAAUCAUCACCAAAGAAAGAAAUUGAAAACACACCUAAGAGAAAAGCAAGAUCAGCCAGUAAAGUAAAAGGAGUACAGACCGAAGAGUAUUUCUCAGCGUUAGAACUCCCAACUCCAUCCCUAAUAAUUGGUGGUGAGGAAGAAAUGAUGGUGAAAGGCGACUAUUCCCAAGUGAUACAAGAACGCCAUGAGAGGGAGACACUGGAACGGGCAGAAUACCUAAGACGAGAGAAGGAACUACAUGAACGUGACCAAGAAAAUGAAGAAAAGCUUAAAAGAGAACAUGAACAACGCAGGUUGGAGUUAAAAGCGGAGAAGCUGAGGGAAAAAUGGGAGCAGGAAGAACAGGAAAGAAAAAGUGAAGAGGAAGAGAUAGAAAGGAGAGAGAAAGGAACCAAAUUAAGGGAAGAUGAACAUGAAAAUUCAGAAAACAUAGAUGAGAGGCGUAAGAAAGAAAUUCUGUUAGCAAAGAUGCGAGAGAUUGAUGAAGAGGCCAAUGGAAGUUCCUUGUUUUCUCCACGAGAAAACACUUUAUACUCAUUUCCCAUUGGCAAUGAGUCUCCGGAAAAAUCACAACAAAACAAGAACAUUCCAGAAUCGGGAAAAACAGCAACAGAGACUUAUGGUCGCAGGAGCAAUAAGACCACAGUUAUGGGUGAUGAGCUGAGCUUUGGUACGUAUGCACCCUCCUUUGGGAAAGGAAGUGGGAGAUCUGGACUAGUUACGCAGAAGGGCGGCAACAAAGAGGAACAAACUGAUUACUAUUUUGACAUUCCUGUUAAAGACAAAAAGUCUAAUUUAAUGGAUCAAUUGUUUGGUUCUGGAAGUGGUUUAAUCUCGAACGAAGAUGAUUUACUCAUAAAUCCUAUGCAAAAACCUAAUUGGAAUAGCAGCUCUUUCCCCUGGGAAAAAACAAACUUGCACACAAUUAAAAACGAGAUGGCCGAUCUAUUCAUCAGUCCCAAUCGUCACCGCUCCAAGUAUACCUCAGUCAAGCCAGCCAUUACAGCAAUUGCUUCUCAUGAGGAUGAAAUAGAAGAGUUAGUAUUGUGAUUUACAAUAUGGAGCCUUCCCAAGAAGAUUUUUAACAUAUUCCACUUUGCAAUAUUUCAUUUACAAAUUUCCCCAAAUAGGUACUAACUUAGUAGUUUAUUUAGCUUUGCUUGUUAAAAGUAUGAAAGUGAUGCAUUUAUAUAAAAUGUUUAUCUUUUGUUAUUUCCAAAGCCCCCAAAUUAAUUAUUUAUACACGUCUUCUAUUUGAAGGCAUAUUUAUCAAUUUUGAGUGAUUGCACUAUUUUUUCUAAAUUGUCCUGCAAAGACUCCACACUUUUGUGGCUCGGCAUCUACUCAUGUUUUCCAACAUUUCUAAAUGUCUCUGAUGAUCAAUGACGUACUUAAAUGUUUGUCAACUGUUCAUGAGAAAACAAACUACUGAGGACCAACAAUCAUAUUGAAAUGAAUAGAGCCACAACUUACAACAACAAAGGCAAUUGCAGAGCUGAGGAGCUAGAUAUGAAAUGAACCAGGCCUCUCAGCCCAGGAUUUUAUGGAAUGCCCUUGGACUCAGUAGUGAAUCCAAGGACAGUGAGAGUUAGAAAGCUGGCACAGAAGUUAAUAUGUAGAUCACAACAAGCCAGUAGUUAUCUGAAAUCACUGACUAAUCAUCAGUAUUACGAUCUGGCCUAAUGCUCUUGUUUUCCAUCCUUUGGAAAAUAUAUUAACUCGCUAUUUUCCCCCCUGUUUUUAUGUUUGUGAGAUAUUAGGUUCUAAACGUUUUUUAGCAUCUGUUAGACAAUUAUUAAUUUUUAUUCCCUAUUUUAACUACAUCUGACUGCAUAUUGUAAGGUUCACGUCACCCUCUUAGAGUUUCACCUGCGCUCCUUUUCUGAAAGUUAGAGGCUCAAAGAUAUCUGAAGCAAUGUUGUGAUUAUAUUCACCAUGAUGUGUUUUUCAUUAAGUUCAGGGAGUCCCUUACAAAUCUCUGAAGAAAGGUUCCAUCACAUACACUAACAGUUGACAAAUUUGAGAGCAACAGUAAGAUUAAAUAGGUAAAUCCUCCUCUUACUUUUACUAUUCAUGCCUGCUCUUUGUGCAAGUUCAGUUGUAUAACCGUGGAAAUCAACAAUGUCCAAACCAACAUUGUGCAGGUAGAAAAAGGAUGGAAUAGGACGAUACCUGAAACUGAAUUCAACAAUACAAAGGGAAAGAAUUUGUUGUCCAAAAAGGUCAGUUAAUGUAGAACAGAUCAAAUGUGAAGCACCACUAAAUGGUUGUGAUGUGAAUCAGAGGGUGUCAUUGGAAUCUUAGAUUUUUUUUAAAUCUCUGUGGUCAGUAUCAUAGGUUCAUGUCUGAUCACCUUGGCAACGUGUAAUUGAAGGUUAUGUAGAGAAGCUCCAUAAAUAGUGUCGAGUGAUUGAAUUAUUGAAGACACUUUAGCUCUUCAUGUCUAGAAGAUAUAACUCUGAAAACCUUUAAGAGAGGUUUAUACAAUAAGAAGUGAUAGAAAUGACAAAUCUGGAGCAAUAAUUUGAUAGACCAAAAAGAUUGCUCAUUUGCCAUAAUAUUCUCACUCAAUAUCGAGCACCAUUUCAGUAGGAAGAGGGUUGCCAUAUUAAAUAUUGGUAAUCACCUUGUCAAUAAAUUCAAGUAAACACUGGUUAGCUGUGAAUUGAUCGAUUAUAACACAGUAGCAGGAAAAUCCAGGCGUCAUGUAAGGAGUGGGUGGAUAUUGUAAUUAUAAGUUUUCAUCUAAAUGAAUGAUUGAAGAUAAUUUGAUCAUCUGUUUCUCAUUUCUUUUCUAACGAUCUGUGUAUCAGUUGUUGCACCCAGAAAAAAAUGGCAAUGUGUUCUCAAGGUGGAAUUAACUUGUUUUUGUUAUUUUGUUCCUAAUAUAACAUAUUGAUGUUCACUGAUAAUUAUACCAUGUGAUUUAGAGUAAUAUAAAAAGGGAAAGUUUUCUGGGUCUAUAA